AUGGUGGAGAAGUUCUCGUGGGGCUGCUAUUUCUAUGGGCACCAUGCUACGUUUGGUGUUUGGAUACUCAUGAAGCUGAGUCUAAAGACAGCAGAGGGACAAGGGCAGCUCUCUUCGCUGCACAUGCAUGCCAACUCGUCUACUGAUUUUUACGGUGAAACGGACAACUUUGAGAAGCAGAUAGUGAAGCAUAUGAUUGUUCCCUUCUCUGUUCUGGAGCUACACCUCACAACAAAGGAGCACGUUUACGGAGCAUUUGUGGUUCAUCUCCUUGGGAUAAAUCGAAUUCGUUCUGUUAUGCAGAGACUUAAGGUCAACCUCCAGAAACCAGCGGAAAACGAAGAAGGAUGCCUACCACACUGUAGCUGUGAUUCUCCGAACUGGAAAUCCCAAACUAUCUCUUUGACUUCUCUUGAAGAAGUAGAAAUCACAGGCUUUGAUGGAGAGGAUCAUGAGUUUGAUUUGUUGAAAUUGAUACUCAGAUGUGCACCAAUUCUGAAAAGAAUAAUUUUGAAGCUGUCACAGGAGGCCUGGGAAAGUAAUGACAGAUGCGCCAAAAUAUACGAUAUCUUAAGGGUGUAUUCUUCCGUGGAAUGCUCUAUUUAUCUUAGCUCUGGGUUAAUACAUGGCAGCCAGAAUUGCACAUCGACAUGAUUCUCAUCCACAUUGGCGAUUCAUGGUGGGUAUCGACAAGAUCAUCCUUUUCCCAUCCUUUUCAUGUUGUCUAGAAUCUCUAGCACGGUUGAAAUUUUACAUGCCAAAUAAAAGCCUGACUGUGCAUGUAUCACAUUUGUUUCCUAUAUAUGCUAUAUUGGCACUCAAUUUGUCUGUGCACACCCUCAUUGUCUUUUUAUCAAAAUGGACGCUGAGUGGUAGAGUAGUUGAUAAUUAUUUCGAAAUUCUCUGCAGGCCUCCUUAUCUUAGUUGCCCUUUUGUUUUAUGUAAUCUCCUCGAAU